CAUAUUUUUGUUUAUCAAAAAUAUAUCAAAGGUAACUGGUACAGUUUUGUUUCAAUUUUUCCGAGUUUUCACUGCAGCAACCAUGGAAACAGUUGAUAUACAAGCAGUGGAAUCCAAAUUGAGCGACGUAACUGUUACCGCGAUUCCGAUGUCUUCUAAACCGUCAGUUAAAACAGAACCUCCACAACCCGCUCCAAAACCAGUCGACCCAUCUAAAUACGUUCAACUUUUGGGUGUUAUCGAAGAAAUGGGCAGAGAAGUUCAUCCGACUUAUGCAGGCAGUAAAAGUUCUGCUGAAAGGCUGAAGAGAGGUAUUGUUCAUGCCAGGAUUUUGGUCAGGGAGUGCUUGAUUGAAACCGAAAGAAGUGCUAGACAGUAAAGUGUUUUCCUCUAUGGAGUUUUAGAAUUCAGCCUUUAAUGAGAAUCAAAAUGAUAAUGUUAAGGUUAAUUGUAUUUAUUAAGCCAUCCAUGUGAUAAAUUCCAAAUAGUUUAUACCAAUCAGGUUGAAAGUACAAAGACAGAAUCUUAACAAGCUAGUUUAUUGUAAAUAUUUGUAGUUUCUACAGGCAAGUUUGUAGUUUAUAUAAUUUUUUUCAGUUAGGUUUGCCCUAGUCUUUUUGCCAACCAUAGUUUUCAAUUUUAAUAGUUAACCACAAGGCCUUGUACUCUUAAAUAUUAUAUGAUUGUAUAUAAGGAAGUGUACGAGUAACAUUGUUUUUGAUAUGCCAAACAUUUGCAGCUCAGGAAAUGUUAGCAAGUACAUUAUAUAUUUUUACAUUUUUUAUAUAUACACUAAGGUUUUGAAUAAAACAUGAUUGAUUAGUAAUAAAUUUAUUGUAUAAAAAAUC